AUGGCGCAAAAUGUCUCUCCAGAUACGAGGAGAGGAAAGCGCAGAGCCGCGCGACAGCGCAAGAGAGCCAGAAGACGGGAGCGAGCCCAGCAGAGCCAAACCCUCCAGCAAGAGGCGGGCAAGCUCUCGGGGGAGACAAAGGUGAAAGUGGAGGAGCCUGAGCAAGAGCAGGACACGGCGCAAGUCCAACGACCGAAGCCAAAGAAGGUGGGCCACGGACAAACUCCCAAGAUAAAGCAAGAGCCUCAAUCUCAGCCACCAGACGCUGCGAGGGCUGUCCCGUUGUCCGCAGAUGACUGGCAUCCCUCGAAGCUUCCCUCUGACCUUCGUCACCUUCACUUCGCCAGCACCACGUCCGUGUCCAAGCCCUUUGGCGUCAAAGACCACCAUCUCGACCUUGUCGUCGCCGCUGGAAAUGACUUCUGCCACAAGCUGGAGACCUUUAGCUGCCACAAACAUGCCCAAGGCCACGAUGUCUCGGAUGCCGCAAUCACGCGUCUCGCAAUGGCAUGUCCGAAUCUGCAAACCGUCAACCUCAUGUCCACCACCAGACUGACCGACGAGUCUGUCCUUGCCUUCCUGAAACAUUGCCCCGGUUUACGCACCCUAACCAUUGUUGGCAACCAUCCGACCAAAGGCAACGUCACGGGCAAGUUAGCGUUCGCCGAACUCACGAGGAACAAGAAUUUGGGCAAGAAUCUGCAAACGCUCAAACUGGUGGAUCAGCGCGUCGGUCGGGACGACAUGACGCGCCUGUCGCGUGCUCGCAAAGACUUGGUCGUCUGGGGAACAUACGUCAUCUGGCAUGGCGGGAAGGUUGCCCUGGAUGAAAAUGAGUGGUUUGAGUCCGAGCCUGAGCACGAGUAUCAGGGUGAGUACGAGUACGGGGACGGGUUGACGUGGGUGGACAUUCAGGAUUCUCUCCCGAUAUGGGAGCGUGACUACCACUGGUAG